AUCAACUCUCAACAUGGGGAUUCAGAGCCAGCUAUGUUUUCUUGCAAGCCUGGUGCUGGUUAUUCACGCCGCACCGACUUCAAAGCCCGCUGAUGAUUAUGAGAUUGCAAAGGGAUAUUUGAUAAGCUUCUACAAUCUGGUAUAUAGACCUCCUAGUCCCACAGGAAAGCAGCCAGAUCCACUAACCAGUAAAUUGGAAGAGAUGCAGAAGUUUUUCAGGCUUAAGGUCACUGGAAAGCUGGACAAAGAAACACUGGAGGUGAUGAAGAAGCCCCGCUGUGGAGUUCCAGAUGUUGCUGCGUACUCCACAUUUGGAGGCAAACCCAAAUGGCAGACCAAACAGGUCACCUACAGAAUCGUGAACUACACUCCUGACAUGUCAACUGCUGAAGUGGAUCAAUCCAUAAAGAAAGCGCUGCAGGUCUGGGCCGAUGUCACUCCUCUGAGAUUCACUCGUAUUAACAAAGGCAUAGCUGACAUCAUGAUCUCCUUUGCUACAAGGGAUCAUGGCGAUGGUCAGCCAUUUGACGGACCACUAGGCACAUUGGCUCAUGCGUUUAAACCUUCUCCUGGAAUCGGUGGAGAUGCACAUUUCGAUGAUGAUGAGUCUUUCACAUUCCGCUCAUCUAAAGGUCAUGUCCUGUUCUUGGUGGCCGCCCAUGAGUUUGGUCACUCUUUGGGUCUUUCUCAUUCUGACGUUCCUGGCUCUCUGAUGUUUCCCACAUACAGCUUUACUGAUCCGGAUCGUUUCUCUCUGCCCAGUGAUGACAUCAGAGGGAUUCAGUCACUCUAUGGCCCAAACAGAGACAUAACCCCCACCCAAACUCAUCAAGAAGUACAAGCAACUCCUAAGGCUUGUGACCCUAAUGUGAUCUUAGAUGCAGAUACAACUCUAACAGAUGAAACAAUGUUCUUCAAGGAUGGGUUAUAUACAAAUUAAAUAAAAAUUAAAACUGUGACGCAACAUCAGAUCAAGAGUUUCUGGGCCAGUGCUCCAGAUAAUAUAGAUGCUGCUUAUGAGGAUCCAGUGCAAGAUAAACUUUUCCUAUUCAAAGGUAGACAAGUCUGGGCAUUUAAUGGCAUCAAUCUUGAGCGCGGAUAUCCCAAGACUCUCAGCAGCUUUGGUCUGCCAUCAUCAGUGAGAGAAGUUAGUGCUGCCGUCUAUGACAAAAACUCAAGAAAAACACUGCUCUUUGUUGACAAGGUUUACUACAGCUAUGAUGAAAGGGCAAAGAAAAUGGACAGAGGGUAUCCCCAACGAGUGGAAAGUGGAUUUCCAGGGUUGACUGGAGAGGUUACAGCAGCCCACAUGUCCAAUGGUUACAUUUAUCUCUACAGUGGGAGAAAUGUGUAUGAGUUUGGAUACACAGGCGGAGCUUCACUUUUAUGCGUGGGGGGAGGGCACCCACUGGUAGACGAGCCACGAGCACUUUUUUAUAUGUUCUGUAUUUUAUGUAUUUAUGUAACACAUAUUCUUAUGGAGCACUUGACAGCUCUCAGCCUGAUGCUUUUUGGGUUUUUAGCUCUUUGCGAUGGCGCUCCCACGACAGCAUCAACGGAGGACCAUCAAAUAGCAGAGGCUUAUCUGUCACAGUUCUACAGGGACCCGAAUGCAACUACAUUCCUUGGCAGAAUGAUGUUCCUCCCAGAUCUGGAAAAUGAACUGAAGGCCAUGCAGGAGUUUUUUGGACUGGAGGUCACGGGUAAGCUGGACUCGAACACUCUUGAGACGAUGAAGCUGCCACGCUGUGGAGUCACUGAUGUGGCCAAAUACGGACACUUCCAAGGGAGUCCCAAGUGGAAGCAGAGCGUUGUGACAUACAGAAUAACUGAAUAUACAUCACAGCUGAGCAAGAAAGAGGUGGACGCCACCAUCGCUAAAGCUUUCAAGCUCUACAGUGAUGUUAUUCCACUUGACUUCAAACAGAUCUACAGCGGCACAGCCGACAUCAUGAUCCUCUUCAAAGCAGGAUAUCAUGGAGAUUUUUACCCGUUUGAUGGGCCUAACGGGGUUCUGGCUCAUGCCAACUCACCUGGUCCAGAGCAGGGAGGAGACACACACUUUGAUGAUGAUGAGAGGUGGACCCUGCAUUCACGAGAUAUAAACCUGCUUUUGGUGGCUGCUCAUGAAUUCGGACAUGCACUGGGACUAGACCACUCCAAAGACCCUUUGGCUCUCAUGUACCCAACUUACCGAUAUGUCAACACGAAUGGCUAUACACUCCCCCGUGAUGACCGACUUGGGGUCCAGGCUCUGUAUGGAGUUAGACCAUCAACAAAUAAACCAAAACCAGAACCAAAUCCUGGACCGACUCCACCAGAACGGUGUAAACGUGACUUAGUAUUUGAUGCAGCAACCAGCAUUCGUGGAGAACUGUUCUUCUUUAAAAAUGGUUAUUACUGGAAGAAGGGCUACUACAGUGGACUUUCAAUGAAUGAAGUAAAAACUACCUGGCCAUCCAUUGACUCUGUUGAUGCUGCUUAUGAGUUCAGUGACAGAGACAUUAGCUUCCUCUUCAAAGGUCAGCAGUACUGGGCAGUAAAGGGCACCACUACUUUGCCUGGAUAUCCCAAACCCAUAUCCACAUUCGGGAUUCCCACAUACGUGAGAAAGAUUGAUGCAGCUGUAUAUGUAAAAUCAACAGGCCACACUUUGUUUUUUGUUGGAACAAAAUACUGGAGCUUCAAUGAAAGAAAAGCUCAAAUGGACAGCGGCUUUCCUAAAACUAUUCGACAUCAUUUCCCUGGCAUCGGGUCACGGGUGGAUGCUGCGUUUGAAAAUUAUGGUUAUCUGUAUUUUUCAGAAGGUUCAAGGCAAACGGAGUAUGAUUUCACCUCAAGACGAGUGAAUCGGGUGCUGUUGAACUACGGAUGGCUGGACUGCUACUAAAUAUUUAAAUGAAAAAGAAAUUAAAUGAGUUAAGUUUCAGUUUUCAUAAUAGUGUACCUAUAUUGUUCUUUUUUUGUUGUUUGUUUUGUUAUUGUUUUUUAAAGAAAUCUUAAUACAAAUA